GCAGCCCGAAAUUCACUCUCAUUGCCAGGCUUGAACAAACACACUGUGCAUCACGGCUGCUACUUCAUUCCCCAUCCAGGCACCACUGUAGGAUUGAGGUGUCACUACCUUUUUCCAGCGUCAUACCCAAAUAUUAUUCUCCUGGUUCCUUUUCAGUGGUGGUGGGAUUCAGGGUCGAUCGGGAUAGUUCGUGCGGUGUAUGUUUCGGAAAAUUAUUUAAAGAUCGUUGAAAGUUUCUGAGGGAUCGAACUGAACGCAUCAUUUAAGCGGCUCACAAGUUUACUCACUGCUUAACUACUCACCAUGGAUGUAGAUGAAGCAUUCCGUUACCUUGGCAACUUCGGUCGCUACCAAACCUUAGUCUUCGUCGUCGUAAGCAUCAUGGGGACAUGGUUCCCGGCUUGGCAGAUGAUGGCUAUGGUGUUCACAACGGAUGAGCCAUUUGGUUACCAGUGUAAGAGCCCUGGAGCUCCUGCUAAUGGAUCCCUUGUGUCUUACUCUGCAAACUUCUCGGAAACUGGAAGCGAUAAUAAAACAGCCGUUGAAGAGUGUUACGUUGUUAAUGAUGAAAUGGUGAAUAAUGGUUCGCUGGUAUCCAACCAAACAGCUUGCACAGAGUGGACCUAUUUGAUGAAAUAUGGAGAGACAACAGCUGUCAGUGAUCUGAAUCUUAUCUGCGGACGAGACCUACUUCCAAAGACGGCCCAGUCUAUCUUCAUGGCAGGAGUCCUCGUGGGUUCCUUGCUCGCCGGGACCCUGUCGGACAUGUUUGGCCGUAAAACGGUCCUCACGGCGGCCAGUUUGCUGGAAGGAAUAUUCGGUUUCGGUCUUGCCUUCGUCUGGACCUACACCGGGUUUGUUGGGAUGUGGUUCUUCGUUGGGAUGUUUGAGCAGGGACUAAAUAUAAUCCAGUUUGUGCUAAUCAUCGAGACGUUUUCACCGGAGAAGAGGACCUUUGCAGGGUGCAUCAACGGUGUGUUUUGGGGUAUAGGAGUGACCCUCCUCACGCCAAUCGCCUACUUCUUUAGAAACUGGCGUCACAUGCAGAUUGCUAUCUCGUUACCGAGCCUGGUUGUAGUGCCGCUGCUAUGGUGGGUUUCCUUCGAGUCGGUUCGUUGGUUGGUUUCCAAAGACCGGGUAGAAUCCGCCGAGAAGAUUCUGCACCGAAUCGCCAGAUUAAACAAACUGGAAGCACCGGACAAGUUCUUGAAAAAAGAUGACUCAAGCAAGCCCAUGUUCGCACUCACAGCGCAGAGUCACUCCACAGAUGACAACAAAAACGACACCAGCCAAAAUGGCGACCGAAACACCAACGAGGUCAAGAUAGUGACCGGUGAGCGCCCUCUGCCGCCCGGUAGAGGCUUCAGACUGGCAGACUUACGGGAUACACCGCUAACCGUACGAAAUACUUUCGUCAUGCUGUUUAGUUGGAUGGUGAGUAGCAUGGUUUAUUAUGGGAUGUCACUCAACAGUUCUAAUCUAGCUGGGGACAAGUAUCUAAACUUCUUCCUUCUUGGUCUAGUGGAGAUUCCAGGCUACGUGGUUAGUUACUUCAUGCUAGAAUGGUGGGGAAGACGACCUUCUCUCAGCCUCGCCCAUUUUAUCGCGGGUGUUAGCGGAGUCUUAUGCGCAUGUAUUCCAGUCACAACCGCUGGCGGUUUUGAUAUGACGGCUGUCAUCACCACAUUUGCCUUGAUCGGCAAACUGGGAGUGACCAUCAGUUUCGGUGUUGACUUUGUAUAUGGUGCAGAGAUCUUUCCAACGACUAUAAGAAAUGGCGCCUUUGGGUUUUGUUCAUUUGCCGCAAGGAUAGGAGGCAUCUUGGCACCCUUCGUGCUUUACCUGAAAGAUGUGAGUCCCUUUAUACCUCUGAACAUCUUUGGGGCUCUCUCGUUGAUUGCGGCUGUGAUCGUUCUCGUCCUUCCAGAGACUCACAAGAGGGCGCUACCGGAAACGCUGACAGACGGUGAAGAGUUGGCUCGUUCAGCAAGGCCGCCAUCUUGCCCGAAAUGUUUCUAUUUCAGACGAAGAAGAAUGUCAGAUACGGAAUGGGAAGCUGCAGAAUAAUCUAGUGUUUCAGAAACAUCAGGAUAAUUGAAAAAAAAAAAAAAAAAAAAAAAAGCUCAGUAGUUUCGGUCACUACACAAUAAUUUGGAAUACUGAGGUUUGCGGUAACACCAUGAUAAUCUCUGAAUGAGUUGGGGUGGUUCUGAAAAAACACGUUGGUUUCAACUUGACGUUUCGAUCAGUAUGUUUCUUCUUAUACACUUUAAGUACGCUGAGCAUUGAGCUCUACUUUUCGUUGUCACGUGGGACUUUUGCACGCUAGGUGGCAGCAUUGGUUGACUUUUGGACGCUAGGUGGCAGCAUUGGUUGACU